GAAACUAGCAGGAUGCACUCUCUUCAUCACGGGCGCAAGCCGGGGCAUUGGCAAAGCCAUUGCCUUGAAAGCUGCUAAGGAUGGUGCAAACAUUGUGAUAGCUGCCAAGACAGCUGAGCCCCAUCCUACUCUUCCAGGGACUAUCUACACUGCUGCAGCAGAGAUUGAAGCAGCUGGAGGAAAGGCUUUGCCAUGUGUGGUUAAUGUGAGGGAAGAACAGCAAAUUAUUAAUGCCGUGGAGAAAGCUGUGAAGACUUUUGGAGGGAUUGAUAUUUUGGUGAACAAUGCAAGCGCCAUCUCUUUGACUGGCACUUUGGAAACAGAAACGAAGAAGGUCAAUCUUAUGAUGGAUGUCAAUGUACGAGGAACCUACCUUACGUCUAAAACAUGCCUUCCCCAUUUGAGGAAGAGUAGGAACCCCCAUAUCCUGAACCUCAGCCCACCUAUGAAUCUGAAUCCCAUGUGGUUCAAAAAUCAUUGUGCUUAUACCAUUUCUAAAUAUGGGAUGUCCAUGUGUGUCUUGGGAAUGGCAGAAGAAUUUAGAGGAGAAGUUGCUGUCAAUGCCUUAUGGCCUAAAACAGCCAUACAUACAGCUGCUAUGGAUAUGCUCGGAGGAUCUGGAAUAGAAAAACAGUGCAGGAAAACGGACAUCCUUGCAGAUGCUGCAUAUUGCAUUUUAACAAAACCAAAAAGCUUCACUGGAAACUUCAUUAUUGAUGAAGUUCUGCUGAGAGAAGAAGGAAUUAAGGAUUUUGAUGUCUAUGCAAUAGCACCAGGUCACCCCCUAAUGCCUGACUUCUUCUUGGAUGUUGAAACUGACAUGACAGCCAUGAAAC